AGACGAGUGGAGGUUUUCCCAUCCUACUUGGCGACUCGGUCGGUAGGCACGCUCUUAUGCGCCGGUUUAGAGCGCACUGGUAGCGGCUGCGGAUGUAUCAUGUCCGGUCCGGUCGCUGGGAGCUCAAACUUGUGGUAGCGGCCUUUGAGCAUCCUUUCGGUUAUGGUUAUCCCAGCGCAGAGCCUGGUGAAACUCGGGUGCGGGUAUGCUCGGGUCUUGAGAGAGUUGUAGUAAAAGAGAGCUCACUGUCAUGGAAAAGCUACGCUUGACAAUGCUGGUCCGUGCGUGCUGACCUCUGAUGUGGCCGUCGGCUUUCGUUCGCAAACAGCCUGUAUGAGAGCAAUACUGAAGUUUCCAUCUGCGACCAUGGCUAGGCGCGUCUCAUAGUAUGAGCGAUUUCCCGGCGGCGUCGGCGAUGGAGCUUGGAACCCGGGCAUGGGUGACGAUUCUGGCAGACGAGCCUCCGUGAACCCGCAUUAUGCGCCCGCCCCUAUACCGCGUGCGCCGCCUCUACCGGCUCCACGCCCACUACAGCUGGCGAGAGAUACCGCGUACAGACUCGUAGGCUAUCCAUCAAAAUCGUCGAGUGUUCAGCAUGCGCCAGAGCAAGCACGACUUGCCUCAGUCGGCGGGCGAUACGCUAGCCUUGGGGCCACACAGAAUGCCAGCGCAAGCCACAAGACUGGCCUCGAGAUCAACACCGUAGCGAUCAACGAGCCGGGUACGCAUGCCUUGCUUGGUGGCAAAGACAUCUUCAAGACCGUCAAAGUCGAGGACGGGACCUGUGUCGAAGACCUCAAUCUCCGGACCGCUAUUCGCAGCCGUCCGACCGAUGCACUUGGUCAGCCGCGUCAAGUACAGUCCAUUGAUAUUGCUGAUGUGGCCUGGGCGAAGGGCGAUUGUGGUGACUAUGUGGCAGCCGCGACCUCUAGUGGGAAGAUCGUACUAUACGACCUCGGACAUGCUGGCGUCCCUGCAGCUCAGCUACACGAGCACGACCGGCAAGUACAUAAGGUGACUUUCAAUCCACAUAGGGGCAAUCUGCUCCUUUCUGGCUCCCAGGAUGGUACCGUUCGCUUAUGGGACCUGCGCGACGUCCACAAGCAGGCUAGUACCCUGCAAUCGAAGCGUAAAUACUCCGGCCAGAGCGAUGGCGUUCGAGACGUGAAGUGGUCUCCCACUGACGGCGUGGACUUUGGAUUCGGGACUGAUAGUGGCUUCGUGCAGUGUUGGGACAUGCGCCACCUGAAGACUGCUAAAGUGAAGAUCCCGGCUCAUACCCUUGCUUGCAACAUCAUUGACUGGCAUCCGGAUGGGAAGCAUAUUGCCAGCGCUAGUACUGACAAGAUCGUGCGUGUUUGGGACGUGUCUGGCGCCCGGAGAGGGAAGGCUGCGUGGGAGAUACAGACGCCGUAUCCAAUCCUUAAUGCGCGUUGGCGUCCGUCAUGCGAGUCUUCAAUGCCGGAACACAAACGAGCCAAACAGUGCACGCAGCUGGUCACUGCAUACGACCGUGAGCAUCCGAUUGUCCACUUGUGGGACUUUCGACGGCCUGCAAUGCCGUUCCGGGAAAUGGCGCCGUACUUGUCCGCGCCAUCGGACCUGUUGUGGCAUUCGCAGGAUCUCUUAUGGACCGUCGGACGCGAGGGCAUCUUUUUGCAGAGUGACAUCCAGCAUGCUCCGAAGGUAAUUGACAAGCGCAAUCUCCAGAGCAUCGCAGUAUCUGUAUCGGGUGAAGUAAACUUGGUUGUUGCGAAAAGAAGUCAGCGCCGGUUGCCUGAGCUUCCUCAAGCGUCAAUAAAGGGCUCACAACCCACAAACAUCGAUCUGAGCGCUAGCCUUGAAAGCAAGCACAUCAGCAGAAGUUGGCAGGACGACAGCCUUGACCACUCGUUCUUGAGCUUCACGCCGUCGAGACAUCACAGCCGAGCUAACAGCGGCUCAAAAAUGGGCAGUAUCAGUGCCGACGGCCAGCUUGUCGCUUUCCCUACCCUCAACCUCGACGAGAUCCUGCGUCAACGAAACUUCCACAGUCCUCAGCAGUGCGGAGUGCGUGGGUUCUUACCACAUCAUAUCGAGCCAGAGGUGUUAAAAUACCUUGCAAAACACUACGUCCACACCACCGAGCUGACAGCGACAAUCGAUGACCGCUUUCUGGGUGUCGUAGAGGAAGCCUUCAAUCAUAAUGCGGACGCAGCGGAUACUGCUGGGUUGUACAAGCUCGCUCAAACAUGGCGCAUUAUUCAUUUCGCGACAUCCUGCCACCUCAAGGCAAGAGCGAAGCACCAGCUCGAGAAGCUAGCAAAUCCGAAAUCAGCAACUAUGCAGACGCCCCGAUUUGACCUAAGAGCACUCACGAUGAGGUUGUGGGCGGAGAACAACAGGUCCGCAAUGCCUUCACCAGCAUCGCUCAGGCCGAUUACGUCUCUAUUACAGCAGCAGCUUGCGCUUCACGAUAGUACCUCCGAUUUACCCACGCCACUUGUCAGGCCCAUUACCAGCACGGUCAUGGCCGCAUCGCGAGAGCUAGCUACGCUUCCUGAUCCGGAUAAAGGCGAGCAGAUCGCUCUGCCUCCCUCUCUUGCGCCAUCAAGUGCCGACAAACGGCUUACUGUUGGCAACCUGACAAGCCUCGAACAGCAAGGCGGUGGCGUAGACAGCGCUGACCUCGUAAGGAGAUGGAGCAUUCACCCGAAGGAGCCGUUUAGCCUUGACCCAGUCAACAGUCAUGGCGUGAAGGUGCCGCCUAAGCUGGUAAAGCACGACAGUGACGAAAGCUUUCCGUUCAUCAUCGGCUCGACAGAAUCCAGGGGCCCGUCAAUGCCUGCGUCUGUUGCCAGUAAUGAGCCGCUAAGAAUGGUCGCAGAGCGCCCAAGCCGACAGACGGUCAUCUUGAAUGAGCCAUCGGAUGUCACGGCUCCAUUUGAAGAUAUCAAUAAGAUUGAGAAUGCUGGCAAGACCGAAGAAACAGCACCGGUCCCCAGGGCAGCAUCCCUCAAUCCCGAUCCCAGUGAUGACCUACCUGUCGCUCUCACAGAUGGCUGUUCGGAGGACCUCGAAGAAUCAAAACCGUUCCGUCUUGUCGUAAUGCUCCACGAGAUGUUGAAGCACUACUGCGACCACGGUAAUUCCCAAUUUGCCACCCACCUUCUCAACAUGCUGGUGCCUCUCCUACCACCUUCAAAGCCUCUCAGUGACGAUGAGAUCGGUACUACCGCUCUCCACUAUGCGGAGACCUAUAUCUCAAUAGGCUUCCCGCCGGACGAGGCCGCCGGCAUAAUGGCCAAGCUCCAGCACACCAUCUUGGCCGGUCUGCAGCCGCUGCAGAUCGAAGCUAUCUUGAGUACAUACCAUGAACAGCUUAUGGCCAACCAACUCUUUCUGGAAGCUGCUCACUUACGGAAGCUGGCCUAUCCCACGUACCCGGCCGUCUACGAAGACGCACUCAAGGACAAUACAGUGGCGUUUCGGGGUGCCAAUGGCGGCGGGAAGGCGGGCAUUGACUGCCCGUACUGUGGGAUGAAGGAAAGUCCGUUUGGCGCCUCCCUGUUGACUGCAUGCUUAGAAUGCGGCCAUGUGGCGCACAUGGCGUGUUUGGGGGAGUGGCUGGGGAACGGGGAGGGGUACCCAACGGAGGGGUGCCCAACGGAGGGGUGCCUGUGUGCUUGCACGAUACCUUCUCAAGAGGGUUGAGCCACGAUAGGCUGGUGUGAGAGCGAUAAGUUGUUGAUGAGUAGAUAGCCAUGGUAUUGAGAUUUCUGCAAGCACACC